AUGAAAUGCCCAUACUCAUUACUCAUACCCGCCCUUUACCCGCUCUAUAUCCGCCUCAUACCCGCCCUAUAUCCGCCUCAUACCCGUCCUAUAUCCGCCUCAAACCCACCCUAUAUCCGCCUCAUACCCGCCCUAUAUCCGCCUCAUACCCGCCCUAUAUCCGCCUCAUACCCGCCGUAUAUCCGCCUCAUACCUGCCCUAUAUCCACCUCGUACUCGUCCUAUAUCCGCCUCAUACCCGCCCUAUAUCCGCCUCAUACCCGCCCUAUAUCCGCCUCAUACACACCCUGUAUCUGCCUCAUACCCGCCCUAUAUCCACCUCAUACCCACCCUAUAUCCGCCUCAUACCCGCCCUAUAUCCGCCUUAUACCCGCCAUAUAUCCGCCUCAUACCCGCCCUAUAUCCGCCUCAUACCCACCCCAUAUCCGCCUCAUACCCGCCCCAUAUCCGCCUCAUACCCACCCCAUAUCCGCCUCAUACCCUCCCCAUAUCCGCCUCAUACCCGCCCUAUAUCCGCCUCAUACCCGCCCUAUAUCCGCCUCAUACCCACCCCAUACCCGUCUCAUACCCGCUCUAUAUCCGCCUCAUACCCACGCAAUAUCCGCCUCAUACCCACGCAAUAUCCGCCUCAUACCCGCCCUAUGUCUGCCUCAUACCCACUCACAGUCUCCGCCAACACAGCAUUGCGAGGCAUGAAGUUGGUAUGCCAGGGGAGACGCGCAGGGCAGAAGACCUGGUGACUGUGUAA